AUGAAGGCACUGCCGACUCUCGGAGGAUGGGAAGUCACUGUGGAAGAAGCUGAGGACAUCAAAGGGGAGGUCACUUUGGGAGAUUCUGCCGCAUUCAGUGAGAAGGACAUCAGAGCGACGAAUAGCAUUGUUCAUGUACUUGGUGCAGUAAUUCUCUUUCUCACUGGACAAGAGCUGAAGGACAAGGCUACAGAGCCGUCGACCAAGAAGCUGAUGGAACCGGAUGACGGCAUGGUAUCCAUCGCGACCGACCCAUUGCAACCUGUCGAUGAUGACCUUGGAUUGCCUACUGAUGACGACAUAGCGGUCACUCUCAGCACAGAAGAGGAUGAAAAGCGUCUUCCUCUCCAUUCAAGGGGACGCUCGCUGAGUUCAUAGAGAAGGAGGACGACUUGUUCAUAUUCAAUAGCGCGGUGGUCAAGACAAAGACGCGACCAGCAUUUGCUGACACGAAGCAUGGUCCCUACACUCUCUUUUGCGCCCGCUGACGCGCCUUCAAGAACCUCAAAUCAGAUGAGCUGCAAUAUCUUGGAGAGCAUCUCGGAGAGCAUCCCGCUGCCCUGACGAAAGUGAGCGAAACGAAAGACGCAGUGAGCGUCAGUCAAGACAUCGCUGCUUGUCUAUGUUGUGUCAUGUAGUGGUCAUGUAGUGAACAGCAAGCUGUCCCCCAAUAACGUUAAAUCGAAAGAGGAGCUCAAAUCAGCUUCUAGCGAUACGGUGAUUGUAACCAAGACUGAGGAGGAAACCUCAUUGCGGACGACCGAGUCAAAGUGGGACAAAGAGUUGCGUGCAUGCACGCGUGGAUUUGCAGUCGGUACAUAUGAUGAAUGUCUGUGUGCGCACACCUGCGCAUGCAUGUUUGGAGUUGGAGUGUGCGGGUAUGAUGAAUGUCUGUGAAUGUCUGUGUGCGCACACCUGCGCAUGCACGUGUCGACUAGGAGUGUGUGUACAUGAUGAAUAUCUACGUGCACACAACUGCGCAUGCACGUGACUCGGAGUUUGUGUAUAUAAUGAACGUGUGUGUGUGCACCCCUGCGCAUACACGUGUCGACUCGGAAUGUGUGUACACAAAGUGUGUGUACAUAAUGAAUGUCUGUAUGCGCACAUCUGCGCAUGCACGUGUCGACUUGGAGUGUGUGCAUAUGAUGAAUAUCUGUGUGCAGACAGCUGCGCCGACUUGGAGUGUGUGCAUAGGAUGAAUGUUUGUGUGCGCACACCCACGCAUGCACGUGUGGGCUUGG